AUGGCACGUCGUAUGCUGAUUUCAGCCAUUCAAAUUGCUGACCCAGAUAAAGAUCAGCCAGUACGACGUCCAGUUUUCUCAGGCGUGUCCAACAACUUUGACAGCUUGGGGUUAUCCGAAAUGUCUCUGGGUAACACGUCCGCAUUCAAUGUCAGCAUGAGUACUUUGAGUUCUUUUGGGCGGGUCAGAAUGCCAGACGACGAUGCUCCGUCAGUCUCUUCUAACAGAGACAUUCUCAACUCUUUGUCUGACGAUGUGUUUGACAAUGUGCUUGACGAGGUGUCUGAGGAGAUGUCUGAGGAGGUGUCUGAGGAGGUGUCUGAGGAGGUGUCUGAGGAGGUGUCUGAGGAGGUGUCCGAGGGGGUGUCUGGUGCGAAGAAACAGCUUGCCAAUUCAAAUGCAGGAGGUGAAACAAGACGAAAUCAACGGUCUCGUAAUGCUUAG